CUCUCUGCCAUCACCCAUCCACCAAACGAGCCUCCUCAAGACACUCGACGACAAUGCCCAAGGCCACCAAGGGAUCCUCUAAGAAGCCUGCCCCCGCCCCUUUCGGGGCCAGCAAGGGCACCAAAACCCAGAAGAACCCCUUGUUCGAGGCUCGUCCCAAGAACUUCGGUAUCGGCCAGGACAUCCAGCCGAAGACCGACCUCACCCGCUUCGUGAAGUGGCCUGAGUAUGUCCGCCUGCAGCGCCAGAAGGUCAUCUUGAACCAGCGCCUCAAGGUCCCCCCUGCCAUUGCGCAGUUCACGCACACUCUGGACAAGAACACUGCGACGCAGCUGUUCAAGCUGUUGAACAAGUACCGCCCUGAGACGAAGCAGGAAAAGAAGGCUCGUCUUGAGGCUACAGCCGAGGAGGCUGCCAAGGGAGAGGAGGCCGCCAAGGACACCAAGAAGCCCCUUUUCGUCAAGUACGGUCUCAACCACUGUGUGGCACUCAUCGAGGCGAAGAAGGCGGCUCUCGUCGUUAUCGCGCAUGAUGUCGACCCCAUUGAGCUCGUCGUUUUCCUUCCGGCCUUGUGCCGUAAGAUGGGUGUCCCCUACGUUAUUGUAAAGGGCAAGGCUCGUCUCGGUACGGUCGUACACAAGAAGACCGCUGCUGUUCUCACUCUCCAGGAGGUGAAGAGCGAGGACCAGCGUGAGCUCGCUACCCUCAUCAGCGCCGCCAAGGCAAACUUCACCGACAAGUACGAGGAGCAGCGCCGCCAGUGGGGUGGAGGUAUUCGUGGCAACAAGUCGGCCCAGAUGCUCCGCAAGCGUGCGAAGGCUGCUGGCCAGACCCUGUCUGCUGCCAAUGCUGCCAAGCUCUAAGAGAGUUCAUGGUGGACCUACAAAACGGCGCUUUAUCGUCCUUCCUAUGCAUCCCUGUAGUACUACCGUACUUAUGCCAUGUUGUAUGCAUGCCGAUGCUAUCACGCUAUCACAUACGUGCCUUCAUACUGCCGUGACUGUACUCCGGCAAGAUCUGUGAUAGGCAUCCUUUGUGGUGUUCAGUUGAACUCUUCGCACACGGCGCAUAUAUACGCUGAUUAUG